AUGGCUGGCGCGACCAAGGCGACGGAGACGGCGGCGGGCAAGGCGACGUUCAGCUCGCAGCGCGGUGCCGUGUUCCGCUUCUCCGUGACGCCAACGAGGAUCUGGCUGGAGCAACAGGCCACGAAGCAGCAAUGGCAAUGCUCCGUGUCGUCUGUAAAUGACUUCGCUCUGAAGGGUGCCGGGAUCCCACACGCCAUCGUGAUGGACUACCUUGCGAUGAGUCUUGCGCGCUCGGAGCCGAGUCGAGACACGGACUAUGAGGUGGACCUCAUCGCUAUGAGCGAAGGUCGCAUGCGGCUCGACUUCUUGCUCAAGUUCUCGAUCGCUGACGUCGUGUGGAAGCCCGAGUACCAGUUCGUGCUGCAGCCGAUCGAAGUGACCGAGACGCAGAUGCUGACGGCCAAGCUGCGAGACGCCAACGACAAUCUGGAGCGUCUCCACGCUAUAGUCCCCGCUUGGGUGGUGGGGACUCAGUCGUGGCUGUACCUGUGCACCCUCACUAAGCGUGUGCUGGACCACUCUGGGACGCAUGUUGAAGCUGUUGUGGAGUGGAGUACAGCUGCAGCCCACAAGACCACCGACGUCGUGAUGAAGUACUGGUGGGUUGUCCGUGAUACAGCAGCGCAAGCUGGUGGUAUGGUGCGUCAGCUCGUACUGGACCAAUACGCCGCCACGACGGACAAGUGA